AAUAAACACUCUCUACCGCAAAGGAGUCUUACUAAAAAAAUACUCACAGACCCAAACCAAAGGGCGCGAACUCCAAGCGUAAAUCAAAACCAACACAAUAAUUCAUAAUAAUACAAUAUUAAUCAUCAUCAUUAUCAUUCACAAUAAUAACAAUCAUUCAUAAUAAUACUUUUUUUGUAGAAAUUAGUGAAUAAGAGAUGGCAUCUUGUCGUAGAAAAGUCAUUGGUUGCGAUAACCCGGAGUCGCCGAUGACCCUUGCUAAACUAGAGGACCUGACCCUCGACGGUGAACACGUGGCAAUCGAAGACAUAGCAACAUUCAUGGGAAAGCAGGGGCACGAGUACUCGGUCCUGAACGUGGAUUUUGAGAAAGAGUUGAUGAUUCUUGUCAGGACAGGAGGAGGCGUCAACCUGAAGACUGCUCCAUUCGUCUACAGGGCCCAGCGCAGACACGCCUUAGAGGUGCUGUGUAUCCCAUUCGCGGAUCUGGACAAAGUGGAGCCAGUUAUUGCACCGAGAGUGUCAAGCGUUACAAACGUGUUCUUACACAACACAGGUCGUUGUGGUUCCACCCUGUUGUGCAAGGCCCUUGAGAAUCUCUCCACCAUUCAGGGUAUCUCCGAGCCGAGCCUUCUAACAAGUAUAGGAGCAGUUGGCAGAAUCCGCACAGACAAGAACACCGUCAUAGAAUCACUCAAUAACGCUGUCAAGAUGUCCUACACUGAGUUAGUUAAGAUUACGCGCAUAGGGAUUAUGCUUUUAAACAAUUUCUUCAUUUCCCGUGCGCCAAGUAAAACCACUAUAUGCUACAAGACAACGGCUGAAACCAUCUUUGGAGCUGAGAUUUUACAAGACGCGAUUCCUUCAUCAAAGACUAUUUACUUGUAUCGUAGUUGUUACGCAGUUAACGAAAGCAUAGCGCGCAUUUUUACGCAUAACUCGUAUUUUCUCUACUGGCUGAUUACGACCCUUCGUCUGGAUACUUUCUUGCUACAGAGAUUGAAAACACCAGAGAUAGAUUUCAAAGGGUCCUGGUCGUCUAAGUACCAUAAGGUUCCAUUCCCACGCGAUUUCAUUUGGAAUUUCACUCAUUAUUGGUGGAUGACCGUCGAGAAGGCCGUUUCUCUAACCAAGCGAGAUCCUUCUAGAUUUUUCCACGCCAUUCUUCACUAUGAAGACUUGAGGAAGCAGAAGGAGAGCCUCGUUUUGAAGGUCGCUCUUCGCCUGGGGCUUCUCCCCGAGGGGGAUAGAUCACGUGAGCUGGCUGCUGUCACCAAAGCGUUCAAGGCUAACAGCCAAUCAGGUGUGGCAUUAGAAUCCAAGCGGAGAGUUGACGAUGUCGGAGAUGUGUGGUUUGGGGAAUGGGAACGAGCGUGUAUUGAUAAGGUGUUGCAGCACCUCGGUGAAGACGUCACAGAUGGGGAUUUUAGACUUCACGGGACUCUGUGAAUUAGUUAAUCAAAAUGUACGCAAUACUUCCUAUAGAAAUAUGCAGAUGAAGAUUAUUGCGGGCUAUAUUUAAAUCUCAGUUUAAUGUCUUAUAAACAUUAAAAUAUUUGCAGUUGCUUAGCGGCAGUGUCUAUUGUAGGCUCGCUAUGUAAUAGGGACAUCCGUGGUAGGGAAUCCACACGGCUUGGGACAAUACAAUGUUAGGGUCAUAAAGGCUCGCUAUGUGAUAGGGACAUCCGUGGUAGGGGAGCUAUGCAAUAGGAGCUAUACAAGGGUAUGGUCAUGCUGGCUCGCUAUGUGAUAGGGUCAUCCAUGGUAUGGUAUCUAUGGGGUAUUGGUUAUACAAGGGUAGGGUCAUGAAGUCUCGUUAUGUUAUAGGGUCAGUCGUGGUAGGAAUGCUGUGCAAUAGGUUUUGGCUGUUACAUAAACAUAUGUCAGGAAAAAAGCCAAAAGGGAAUUUGGGUCCUGAAUAGAAAGAAGUUAAUGUUAUUUGUCAGCGUAUUUGCGGGAGCUUAGGGAUUCACGUAAAGCAUGAAAUAAAAUAUGUAAUAAAAGCUCUAACAAAAGCCCUAA